AUGAUGCAAACAGAAAACCUCAUUUCAGUUCCUCCCGGAACUCCCCCUGCUAAAAAAGUCAAAACAAAGUAUCCGAAAAUAUUCCAAUGUACUGGUUAUGGGGACUGUCGAAUGACGUUUACCCGGUCAGAACACCUGGCCAGGCAUAUUCGUAAACACACUGGUGAACGUCCUUUUAGCUGUCACUGUAGUCGGUCGUUUUCCCGACUGGAUAAUCUUCGUCAACACAUUCAAACUGUUCAUGCUAAUGAACAGCAUAUAAUGCAUUCCACUCCUGGUGUUCACCAGCAACCACCUCCUCCAUUUUCAUCACAUCCUCAACCGCCACAGCCACAACAACCACAACCACAACCACAACACCAGCAUCAUAAUCACAAUCAUAAUAUUUACAACAAACCUUUACCUCAACCUAUGAUGAACAAUGGAGGUCCAUUAGGCGGUCCUGGUCCUGAACCCACUAUUAAACCCGAUCCACAUGCUAUGAUGGUGGAUUCUCCACCUCCUGAAUCUCCAUCAUUCCGUGCCAAGAAUAGACCCAGUCCCAUAAACUUGAAUGACGCUCAUAACCACAACAACGGCCAUAUGAACGGCACUUCGCCAACUUCUCCUAUGUUCCAACGAGGCGGUCAACCUGGUCAAGGCCAAAUGUAUUAUAACGGUGCACCUGGUCAACCUCCUUAUUCACAUGGUUCUAAUACACCUAGUGCCUCUAUGGAACCAACCACUCCCACUACUCCAUAUCAAGGUUAUCAACCUCAACAUCAACACCAACAUCAACAACAACAACAGCAGCAACAGCAACAACAGCAACAACAUUAUGCUCCUAAUGUCCAGCAGAACGGAUCCAGUUCGUACCAAUAUGCCAGUUCUAAUAAUUCCAACUAUGAUGGAAACGGUGGUAACGGUGGUAGGCUAAGGUCGUACCGAUCAAUUGCCCAAUUGUCCUCGACAUCAACAUCCAAUUCGACUAUUUCAAGACAACCUUCGAUAUCCAGUUUUUCGUCUCCAAUGUAUGCACAAGCAUCCAAUACCUCGUCAUGGUUAUCCAACGUUUUAUGUGAUCCUCAAGAUCCUAACUCGUAUCCUCCAUCGGGUCAUCAUCAUGAAGAAGAGCGACCACAUACCUGGGGUCCUUCAUCGAAUCAUAACAGAUUUUCGUCUGCUACUGACGAUGGAGACAUGUCUGAUCGUAACUCGUUAUCACAGUUAGUCCGGAUUACUGAAGAUGCACACAUCUCCAGUCCACCUCCUACCAGUGGAAGAUCCAGUAUCCAUUCGAUUCCUGAAAACGGGCAACUUCCAUCGCUGUCCACAAUAUUCAGCAAUAACCAGCAACCUCCUAUAAGACAAUCGUCAGUGUCGGCCUCGCCAUCUUCGGUGGCCUCGUCAUCUUCAUUUGUUACCACAUCAGGCUUUGCGGACUCCAACCGUCCUCAGUUAUCUGCCAACAGAUCAUACACCAAGAACCUGAUCCUGCCACGACCCGAGUCAUACCCACCGCCAAAGGGAUACGUAAUGACCCUGCCAAUGGCCGACACAAGACCCCCUACACUUCCUCCUGCUGGUUCAGAAGGAACCUCUGCAUCCUCGUCGUCCAACCCCAGACCCAAUGGGUCCAUUACACGGUUCAACUCGAGUCUCACCAAACCACUUCCCCCACUGCCCAUGGAAGCUCAACAACAGCAACCCCAAUCACAGCCGCAAUCCAAUCCCUCGUCGUCAGCUUCUCCCGACGGCAUGGAUGUCCUGCUACAAGCUGCUGGUGUAUAA